AUUGCCCUUGCCAACAGAGCCAUUGCGUUCUUUGCUUAUUGGUGAAACACCAGAAUCACGUCAUUUUCUAUCGAACGCUCAGAAAUACAACGGAUGCUUUCAAAUGACUUCAUUUGGAGCAGAUAUUAUUCAUGAACGCGGAUUCAAUCCGACAUUCAAGGUAAUAAAUUAACCGAUCAUUUUCUUUUGAUACACAAAAAAUAUUGAAUCUAAUUUCGUAAUUGACUCUACAGAUCCAAGGCCAAAUUCACCAGCGAAUUGGAUCAUUGCUACCACUUGAAGACGCACAACAUAAAUUCCUUCAAAUUUACUUCAUGGGCAAUGUGGAACAUCAACUUGAUCAGCGCCAAACAAUCAAUACGGUAAUGAGAAGAGGAAUUCUUCGCGAUUUGCAGCAGCUGCUUCAUGAACAUCAUGCAUUGGUUCGGUUAUUCAAAACUGCGUUGGAUCGCAUGCCAAAUGAUGACUAUAAAGUCGUGGUCAGAGCGGAUAAACGACCUGCUGGAACGCACGAACGCCAAUUUAACGCUCCAACAAUAGAUGAGGUUGCAGUUGUGAUUGUUGGCGAAAGCCGGGAAUCACGCGAUAUUGUGCUCACACGUCGGGACUCUGGGCAAUUGCAACGAAUAUCCGAAACUCAUCGUUCAUACGAUGCAUUGCAAUACCCACUGAUGUUUUGGCAAGGAGACGAUGGAUAUUAUAUCAACAUCAAUAUGAUAAAUCCAUCGACCGGUGAGGAAACUACCAGGAAGGUCAGCGGAAUGAAUUUUUACGCGUAUCGUUUGAUGAUUCGCCAAAAUGUUGACAAUUAUUUGCUUCGAUUUCGCCGAUUGUUUCAGCAAUUUUGCGUCGAUAUGUAUGCCAAAAUAGAAGCGGAGCGCCUCCAUUUUAUCACUUUAAAUCAAACCAAACUACGUACGGAGCAGUACAUUCAUUUACGCGAUGCAAUUAGAACCGAAGGAAAUGCAUCUGAUUUUGGUCGGUUGACUAUUUUACCGGCGACGUUCGUUGGCAGUCCACGUCAUAUGCAUGAAUAUACGCAAGAUGCAAUGACAUAUGUACGUCAUUACGGCCGUCCAGACCUGUUCAUCACCUUCACGUGCAAUCCUAAGUGGAUAGAAAUUGUUCAACUGCUGCUUCCUGGCCAACAAUCAAGUGAUCGGCACGAUAUCACCGCACGUGUAUUCAGGCAAAAAAUCCGGUCGCUCAUGCACUAUAUUGUUAGGCAUCGUGUCUUUGGGGAUACUCGAUGUUGGAUGUAUUCCAUUGAAUGGCAAAAAAGAGGCUUACCGCAUGCGCACAUUCUCAUUUGGUUAGUCGAAAGAAUACAGCCAGACCAAAUUGAUGACAUCAUAUUUGCCGAGAUUCCUGAUCCCGAAACCGAUCCAGACCUGCAUGAUGUCGUAAUUACAAACAUGAUUCAUGGACCGUGUGGCGCCAUUAACCCACAAUCACCGUGCAUGGUCGACGGCAAGUGUUCCAAGCGUUAUCCACAAAAUUUGACUGCUGAUACCAUCACUGGCAAAGAUGGUUAUCCACUGUAUCGACGUCGAUCUUCUGAUGAUGGCGGUAGAACAAUCACAGUCAAAGUGAAAGGAAAUGAUUUCGUGGUCGACAACUCUUCGGUUGUUCCGUAUUCGCCACUUCUUUCCAAAACAUUCAGUGCGCAUUGUAACGUGGAGUAUUGA